AUGACGACCACUUCCUUAGCGUCAACGUCGGCGACGCCAGCCAACAUCCGCUCUGGCAUGAGCGUACAAGACCUGAAGAUGCUCACGGCUCAGCGGGAGUACCGCAUCAUGAUGGAGCAGUACACAUCGACAGUCGGCGAUGCGUCCCAACUCGCGUCGUCGCCACGCAGCAAUCGAAGCUUGAGUUUGUCGCUGUCCGACACGAGCAGCACUGGCAGCGCCAACAGUCCCAUUUCAAGCCCCGUCAUGUCCCCGCAACGACACCAAGCCCCGUUCCACCCUCCGCCCCCUCCACCCAUGCACCUCGCAUCGUCCCACAAGUUCAACCAGCACAGCCAUCACCAUUACCACCAUCAAGGCUCAGCGUAUUCCCGUCACGGAAGCCCUGUGGAAAAGCGUGUGCUCGUCACAUGUGGAGGGCAAAUGGUGUCGGUCAUGGAAGGCGUGCGCAACGUCCCUGACGACAUGUGCUUUGUUGGCGGCAGCCCGACGAUUUGACGAGGUCCGUGUUGGCGCGCGUCCUCGCUGCCUUCGUUUCACUGGAUCGUUUUCGUGUGUUCACCCUUUGUCAUUGAUUGUAAUAUAACUCAAACACGCCGUUCGUCA